AUGUCGAAAUCUGAUCUGGAGCAAAGCUCAGACUCUGAGGCUAUCGCUAAACCAACACCAUGGCAACGAUUCAAGGCACACAUGAAGAAAUGGUGGUGGAUUUAUCUCAUCGCGUUCUGUAUCAUAGUCCUGGUGAUUAUACUACCGAUCAUCUACGUUGGUAUCCCCCAUUUCGCCAGCCAAUACAUCAACGACUACGACUACGACUACGAAGGACUUGAAAUCACGAAUCCCCGACCAACGGCGUUCCACGUCAAGCAGAAGAAAUCGAUGAAUAUGGGAGGUGGCUUCAGCGGCAGUGGGUAUCUAACCGCUUUCAACGCGAGUAUUCGCGUCCCAGACACCAACCAGGAGAUGGCUGUCUUUCCUGUCCCGCGAAUCGAUUUCAAUGGCGGUGCCACCUUCGACAUUGACCAGGACUUGGACCUGGCUUGUGUUGAUUGCCUGGCCAAUAUUGCUGUUUCGGCGGCCACCGACAAGAGUUUCGCUGUGUUGGCCACCGGCGAUCCUGAUCUCAAAUUCGGCGCGCUGCCAACGGCGCAUUUGAAUAUUCACAAGAUUUUGAAUAUGAAUGGAUAUAAUGUAACGGAAUUUGUCAAUAAGCCGGGCGCCUUCAACGUGACUAGUUUGGAUCUCCUCGAUCCCCCAGUCGACGGAUACAACUUUAACGCAACCAUAUCAGUGCGCAAUCCCACACCCUUCAGUGUGGAAAUGGGCCAUGCCACUUUCAACCUCACCUUAGGAGGCAACGCUCUCGGAUACGUGGAUUUGCCUAACUUGAUGCUUCAAAAGGACAGCACUAGCACGAUGGUACUCGGACAGGUCGACAAGUCAAAACUCUUCGACGAGGUUUUGGGUCGGAAAGGCUAUAAUGUGACAAUUGGUGUUCACGGUCACAGCUGUGAUUAUAAUGGGCUGGAUAUUCCGUACUUCAGUGCGGCGAUCAAGGCUAUCAACGCAUCUGCGGAGAUUGAUCUGUGGAAAUACGCAUCCAGUCUACUGGGAUAG